AUCGCUUUGGCCAGUGCACCAUCGGUUGCACUGUCGUCUGCACUGUCGUCUGCACCGUCUGUACUGUCAUCUGCCCCCCCCCGAAGCCGUCGCUCUGGACCACCCUCGGGCCGAAAGCCGUCGUCCUGGCCAGCAUCACCGCAAAUCGAUUGCCCUGGACCGUCGCCUGCUGUCAUGAACAGCUUGCCGGCCAACCUCCCGUCGCCGCUGGCCCCAGCCGACGACCAACCACCAGAGUCGUCUGCAAACUACAUUCCGCCCACAAGCAUAUACCAGCCGCAUUUCUUCCAGCCCAUCCAGCCGCUCCAGCACUCGCCCAUGUCCCUCGCCAUCCCGUACCCACUUCCGUUUCUGGUCUCGCCGGUCAUUGCGGCCAACCCGCACCCCAUCCACGUCCAACCCAUCCAACCCACGUUCCAGCAUCCAAUGCCGUUCGUGAUGCCACAGGACACCGGCUCAUGUUCUCCCGUCCAAUUCUCGGACCCUCCUCCGCCAGUAAUCGCCCAGCACCCGCCUGCUGAGGCCGCGCCGAUAGCGGAUCCAGAUCUGCUCUGGCGGCAGGCACAAUCGCUGCUCACUCAAGGCAUUAUCCCGCCAGGAUAUCGGAUCUGCCGGUGCUUUCGGUGCUCUGAACAUCCCGACGGAUACAUGCUGCAGCGGGAGGGGACCUACCGGAGCCACAGAUGUCGAUACGGAUAUCCCGGCAAGCCGCCGAGCGACCGGACCACCAAGCGAGCGUCGAACAAGCUCGACAAGAAGCAGGGCGAAGAUGCCGAAGGGCCCACCUCUCCAACCACUCACCCCCAUGCCAGUGUCGCUCCCAGCCACAGCAGAGCAAGCCCGUCGGACCAUUCCGGCAGCCAUGCAGAUCGUCGCUCUCUCUCGCCGCGGAGACGCUCCCGGUCUGGCCACGAAAUGUCGGCUCCAAACGACGAGGCCGGGACUGCCUCUUCUCCAAAGCCCAAUGGCAGCGCCGAUCGUCUCGCCAGUGAAGCAGCCAAAGGCACCCACUUUGCCUCUCAAUGACUGCAGCCCACCGUAACUAGAUGCAUUUUGGAAUAUAGCGGUUGUCUCAUCUCGCCCAUCGCCAAGCGGCUCGCAGUCUACCAGUUCGCCACAGCAGCACUUCGUGUCGGCGGUCCAACGCACAGCUCAUGUUGGCCAGUCCCGCUGCCUCUCAAGCAAGCGCUGUCAAUCAUCUACUGGCAUUCGGAUGCAUAUAAUAAGCUGGACAGGGCAACAAUAUAGAUCUCCUUCGGGUUGAGGGAGCAAUGGGGUUACAGGCAAUCCAAUAAAAAACGGGACACCCGGGUUUUUGAC